UUCCAGGCUGGACGCGUCUCUCUUUUUUUCAGGGAAACUAUUCCUUUUUCCCUAUUUCCAUUUCCCCCCACCACCCCCAUCCCGUCCUUUUUAUCCUUCAUUCCCAUUUCCAGUGGACCAGGCAAAGCAUCCCAAGCCCGAUCUUCUAAAACAAGACUUAUUUUCCUCUCUGGACAGAGAGCUCCCUUCCCCCUGUGGUUUGAAUCAGGCAGAAGAUCAGCGAACAGAUAUCAAGGAUCGAGCAGCAGGUGGUGCUGCCGACCUGAGGUAGAAAAUGUUUCUGAAAGCGUUGCCAUUGCUCCUGAUAGCUUGGAACCUCGGGGGCUCUGUGAGAAGCCAAGACUUGGAACCACGGGGCCCCAGGCCCCCCCAAAUUCAGGGGGAUGUUUAGCGAAGCCUGAUUGCUUGGUGAAUGUGUACUUUGUCAUCGACACCUCUGAGAGUGUGGCUCUGCAGUUCGGAAUCCAAGGCAGCCUGGUUGAUCUCGAGAAAACCUUCACCAAGAACAUUGUGGAGAAGUUGCAGGAUGCAGUCUUCAAGGACCGGGUCCAGUUACUCUGGCAGUUCGGGGGCCUACACUUCUCUGACCAAGUGAUCGAGUUCAGCCCUAUCACCUCCAACAAAAGGGAAUUUCUCAACAAACUCACGCAAAUCAGGUACAUCGGCCGCGGGACCUUCACGGAUUGCGCCCUCGGGAACAUGACUGCAAACGUGUUGCAGCACAUGGGGCAGGAUACACGCAUGAACUUUGCCGUGGUCAUCACGGACGGCCAUGUGACCGGGAGCCCCUGCGGAGGGAUGCAGCUCAUGGCAGAACGGGCCAGGGACGCCGGCAUCCAUGUGUUUUCCAUCUCCACGGACGACAACAAGUACGAACAAGGUUUGAAGACCAUCGCUAACUUACCCCACGAGCUCUACCGAAAUGAUUACAAGGCAUCAUCCCUGGCAGAUCCGUCGAAGCCCGAACAGACCAUAGAUCGAAUCAUUAAAGUCAUGCAAACCAAAGCCUUCAAUAAUUGCUACAAAAUGAAGUGCCUGGAAUAUCCUGGAACUCUGGGUCCAAAGGGGUUCAAAGGGCGCAAGGGCGAAAAGGGUCAGUCCGGCAUCUCUGGCGACCCCGGACCUCCUGGGCGGCAAGGCGAUCCAGGCAUUGAGGGUCCGAUUGGCUUCCCUGGUCCCAAAGGUUUCCGGGGUAUGAAAGGUGAAAAGGGUGAACUGGGAACUGAAGGGAAGAAGGGCAUUGUUGGAUUAAUAGGCCGGGAUGGGAUUAAUGGACAAAAGGGAAAACUGGGACGUGUUGGACCUCCUGGAUGUAAAGGAGACUCUGGUGAUAUGGGUAUGCCUGGAUACCAUGGGAGAGUUGGUGAGAGGGGUUUGCCUGGUGACAAUGGAACAAAGGGCGACGAGGGACGGUCAGGGAGAAGUGGACCUCCCGGAAAUCCUGGAGACAAAGGCGGAAAGGGACCUAGGGGAAACCAAGGACGUUCAGGCCCAAUGGGACAGAAGGGGCGAAAGGGCACUCCAGGAUCCCCUGGCCCAGCUGGAGAUGUGGGUCGUAGAGGUGACACAGGAGUCAAAGGUGCCCCCGGACCGGAAGGAAAUGUGGGAGAAAAGGGUGAAGCUGGAGUUGAAGGUCCCCGUGGAUUCGCAGGCGAAGGUGGAAUCGGAGGCGAGAAGGGAGAUGCGGGACUCCCAGGACCGAGGGGAGCCCCUGGCACAGUUGGUGUACCAGGAAAGAAUGGAUCGCGUGGAGACCGUGGUGAGAUUGGAUCCAGAGGCGAGCAAGGACUGCUGGGCCCAAAGGGUGACAAAGGAAGACAAGGAUUUAGUUUCCCAGGUCCCCGUGGAGAGCAGGGCGAUAGGGGAGACCCGGGUCGCUUAGGUUACGUGGGUCCCAAAGGAGACGCGGGUCCAAAGGGAGAACAGGGCACCAAAGGAGUGAAGGGCAGUCCGGGUGAUCCCGGACCACUGGGUGAGCCAGGACCUCGAGGGUCUGAAGGAGCCCCAGGCCCUGUGGGACCUCAUGGGCCUGAGGGCGAUCCAGGGCUGACCGACUGUGAUGUGAUGAAUUACGUCAGGGAGACCUGUGGAUGCUGUGAUUGUGAGAAGAAAUGUGGGCCCCUGGACAUUGUCUUUGUGAUUGACAGCUCGGAGAGUAUCGGACUGACCAACUUCACUCUGGAGAAGAACUUUGUCAUCAACACAGUCAGUCGACUUGGCAGCUUAGCAAAGGACCCCAAAUCUCCAACAGGAGCUCGUGUUGGCGUGGUUCAGUACAGCCACAACGGCACGUUCCAAGCCGUGCACCUCAACGACUCCAGGAUCAACUCGCUCUCCGCAUUCAAGGAAGCGGUGAAGCGGCUGGAGUGGAUCGCAGGCGGCACCUGGACGCCCUCCGCCCUGAAGUUUGCCUACGACAAUCUGAUCAAGGCUAACCAACGUGACAAAGCCAAGGUCUUCGCUGUGGUGAUCACAGACGGACGCCAUGACCCGCGGGACAACGACGCACUGCUCUCCUCCCUGUGUGGGCGUGGAAUCGUCGUCAAUGCCAUUGGCAUCGGAGACAUGUUUGCCCGGGCCGAGGACGACGAAACGCUCCGUUCCAUCACCUGUCACCAGGUCGACCGGGUCCAGAAGAUGAGGCUGUUUGCGGACCUGGUGGCUGAGGAGUUCAUUGAUAAGAUGGAGGAGCUACUGUGUCCAGACCCCAAGAUUGUCUGCCCAGAUCUUCCCUGUAAAACAGAGCUCGCGGUGUCAGAGUGCACGCAGCGGCCGGUGGACGUGGUGUUCCUGGUGGACGGCUCGGAGAGGAUGGGUCAGGGCGGUUUCACGCAGGUGCAGGAGUUUCUGGAGAAAAUGUCGAGCAGGCUCAUCCUGGCGGACAGGCACAAUGAUCCCUCCAGCGCCCGCCUGGCCUUGUUGCAGUACGGCGGCGACAAUGAGCAGGAGCUGGCCUUCGGGCUGAGCUACAACCUCACCCUCAUCGCCAAUGGCAUCACCCAGAUGAAGUACAUGGACUCUGCCUCCAAUGUGGGCUCGGCCAUCAUCUACGCCAUCCACAAUGUGGUGCAGAGGCCAGGCAGGUUUGCGAUCCAGGGCGCCCGCAAGAAUGCAGAGCUCUCCUUCGUCUUCAUCACCGACGGUACCAGCGGCCAGAAGAGCCUGGUAGAGGCGGUGAGCGCCAUGAGGAAGCACAAUGUGGUGCCCACGGUCAUCGCGGUGGGCAAGAACACGGAGAUGGACAUGGAUAUCCUGCUCCAGAUCACCCUGGGGGAGAUGGCAGCGAUUUAUCGAGCCGAGGAUUAUUCCCACAUUCUACACUCCACCUUCUUCGAAAGGUUCCUCAAGUGGAUCUGUUAAGACUAAAAGUACCGCGAGUCGCACUUGCCAAGAAUACCCCCGCUUCCCCUCCUCGUCCCCCCCACGGAAUUCCACCUAAUCUCAGCCUACAUUUGUCUUUUUAUUUUAAAUCUCGUAGAAAUUCAGGGUAAUUAUCCAGUUUGUCCUUAAUUCACAAGCUGGUUUCUUUUCCGGCUCCUGUGCGGAGACUAAUUUAAGAUUAUUCAACAAAUCUUACAUUUUAAGACAAAAGCAGUGAUAUCGCAGGCUAAGAUCAGGUGGUAUUUCAGAUUUCUGAUCUCUUUAAUAGUUUCCAUUAUCCAGGAAAGGGUACAAAAAAAAGGUGCUUUUUUUAAAAAAAUAUAUAUACAUAUCUAUUUUUACAUCUUUUAUCUCUUCAGUUUUGUACGUUGCCAGCUUUUUUUCACAUCUUUGUUGAACUAUAAGCAAUUUGAAUAUUAUCACAGCUUGCUAAACCACAACAGCUCUCUCCAUUUCCAGGCUGAUUGUGCUUUAAUCCAAUCGCUUCCCUUUCUCCCCUCCCUCCGCCACCCUGUUUCUUUAUGUCAUCGUUUCUAAGUGUGCACCGAUCAUUUCCGCAUGCAUUGAACUUUUGAAUCUCUCUCUCUCUCUGCUGUCAUCAAUCACUGGGAGCCACUUUAGUGCCAAGCUCCACUCCUACUGAUGCGCGUGCACUGAACGAGGAGUCAAUCACUCCAGGCAAAACAGUGUGUACAAAUGUUUAACAUGUGAAUACAGGGCAAUCCCUUCGCAAUGCACUUGUCUGGGCUCAUUGUCUCAAUUCCUUGCGUUAUAAUGAGGCACGUGUUAUAAUAAUGGUUGACUUCUGCUUGGUGAGUUACCGUUGCCAUCACUCUCUCUGCCAGGUAGCAUUUCCUGUGCACGCACAACGCCCAGGAGUAAGAUACACAUUCGAGGCAAACAGGAAGUGGCUAGCAGUGACCUGAUGACCAGGAAGUCGGCUUUUUUUUUGCGAUGAUGGAAUUUGGAUGGCAUCAUUUAGGGUUUUAAGUAAGUGAAUGUUGCGGUCCACAACCCAACUGCAUUAUAAGCAAACCUGCGUUAUAGUGAGGUACAUUAUAACAUGGUUAGCCUAUAUGUUAAUGUCUGUUGGUAACAAGUUCAAAUCAAAUCCUACUCUUUAAAGAGGGCAUAAACAUUGUCUUUUAAAAUCGGUGUGGUGGGCUACUUGGGUGUUUCCCCUCCCCUGUUUUUGAGGCAGAAUUAAAUUCUGAAGAGGAGAGAUAUAAAGGGUAAUAAUAAAUCAUAAUAAUCCUUGAAUUCGAUAUAGUGCCUUACUGCUUCAUUGAAACAUCUCAAAGUGCUUCACAGGAUUUUAUUGUAAAGUGUAGUGACUGUACGUGUAGGAGAACAUUUAAGAUAUAGGAAAAGGGCAGGAGAAUGGGAAAGUGCAGAUGCCUCUUUCGACGAAUCACUGCGGGCACAGUGGGCCAAAUGACCCCCUUUGCUGUACAUUUCUUGUGCGACUAGAUGGUGCUGUUUCGUGGUUUAAAAAAAAUUCGCCCAACAGUGCCAUCUGAUGACUGAGCUGUGUUAUUAUGUGAAGAUGCCACAUUGUACCUAAAUUCCUCUGAACUCUGGUUCAGCCACCCCUGCAGUAAACUUUGGCAACACCAGUCCAGUGUUACAGCAGAAGCUUUCUGCCCGUGACUGGGGAGAGGGGUGGAGAAUUCUUUUUUGACUACGCAGAGGUUCGUUCAGGCAUCAUACCUUGCCAGGAGCCAUGUUUGAGGCUGAAUCCAUUUUGGCUUUGAUCCGCAAAGAUAAGUGUAAAACGGGAUGGGGAGGUGAGGAGAAGACAGGAGAGUGGAACUAAAUGGACAACUCUUUCAGAGAGCCAUUGCACGCACAACGGUCAGUCUUGCUGGUUGGGGAUCGGUGACAUUAGGAAAGGCCUUUUGUGCUGUAAUUGUGCACUGUUCUUUGGUUGGAUUUCUUUAGUUUCCACCACAAAUCCUCCGCACAUAAGUCUAACCCAUGCCUCAAAUGAGACAAUUGACCUUGAGUGGGCAGAAAGAUGGCGAGAAUUUGACACUAUUUGAAAGUUAACGCGCUGGAAAACACAAGAGCUUUGUAAUAUACCUUUCUGAUCCUGCAGCGGACAAAGUAUUCAAUGUGGAUCAGGUCAGGAUGUAUUUUCAUUCUGUCUGCUGCAGUCAAACUUGAAUCAUUCUGUAACAAAUAAAUAAAAUCAAUAGAGUUUCCAAA